AUGACGACGCCGACACCGGCUAUGCUCGCGGCGGUACAGUCUUGCACCUUGCGAGAUGACGUUGUCCAAGAGGAUGCCUCUACUAAUGAUCUCGAGUCCCACUGCGCGGCACUGGCAGGUAAAGAAGCAGGAUUGUUUGUUCUUUCGGGAACCAUGGGCAAUCAGUUGGCGUUGCGUACGAACCUUACCCAGCCACCUCACGGGGUUCUGUGUGAUCACCGGUCGCAUAUUGUGCAAUAUGAAGCAGGCGGCGUUGCUGUAUUAUGCGGCGCUUUGGUCAAGACUGUCGUUCCCAGCAAUGGUAUCCACCUCACUCUCGAGGAUAUUCAAGCCAAUGUAGUGUUGAGUGACGACGUUCACGCUUGUCCGACAAGGCUUAUCAGUCUUGAGAACACUCUGAAUGGCAUGAUAAUGCCGUUGGAUGAGGUUCGCCGCAUCUCAAAGUUUGCACGAGAGAACGGUAUCAAGAUCCACUGCGAUGGUGCCCGGCUCUGGGAAGCUGUAGCGGCAGGGGCAGGCUCGCUCCCUGAGUUUUGUUCACAUUUUGAUACUGUCAGUCUUUGCUUUUCCAAGGGUCUCGGGGCGCCCGUCGGGAGUGUUUUAGUGGGUACAAAAGAAGCAAUAAAACACUCCCGUUGGGUUCGCAAGUCCAUCGGGGGCGGUCUCCGGCAGCCGGGAAUGAUCACUGCAGCAGCUCGGGUUGCCGUUGACAAGACCUUUGGGACAAAACCAGACGGAAGUGAUGGGCUGCUCAAGCAUACCCACGCGUUCGCGAAGAGGGUCGAGUCUCUCUGGAGAAGCUAUGGUGGUGAGCUCGUUCACCCAGCUCAGACCAACAUGGUCUGGCUUGACAUCGACGCGGCUGGCUGCAGUGUCAAGCGUUUCAUCGAGCUGGGUGAAAAAUUCGGGCUCUCAUUAUGGGGCGGGAGGCUCGUGCUACACUAUCAGGUUGCACAAAAAGGUGACGAGGUGCUCCAACGGCUGGACAAGAUCUUUGCCCAGGUGUUUCAGGACAGCAGCAAAGAAUCACUCAAGCCUCGAAUCGGCGAAGCUAGCAUGUACGCAUCUAAACUUUGA